GGAACUGUGCCUCUGUGAGGUGUCUCUGUGUUGUCAUUAAAUUUAUUGUUUUUUUAUUUUGUGUUCAACAACUUAUGCAGGCAAAAACGGUUCUGUCAAACAUGGAAAAAACUGAACUUUGUAAAGUUGAGAACUUUAGUUUUAAGGAAAAAAAAGUUUGCUUUGCCUCUUUUUGCCAAACCCAAUUCUGGGUUUUUCCAAAUACAGCCUAAAAAAACUAAGCCUUGCUUGUUUUACCCUGUUUGUGGGGGGCAUUUAAUCUAACUUCCCUUUUCUUCUUGCUUCAAGUAACCUGCCUAUCUCUUAAUAUAAUACAGUUUCAUUUUUUAUUAAUUUAUUUGGUGCUUAAUUUUCUUCAUCAUCAUCAUCAUUGAGGGAGCUUGGUUUAGAUGUGAUUUGGUGCUUUAUGGGAUGGCGAUGUUGAUGCCACUGAUUCUCCAGCUUGCCAAACUCUGCAUCACUGGCUUUGCUUUAGUUGUUCAAGAAUCUUCAGAGCACAAUGCAUCCCCAUCUCGGGCAAAGUUUUCUAUGUAUCCUCCUACAGAAGGAAUCCCUGGUGCCGUUGAACAAAGAAGCGAUAUACCAAGCACACUUUCUCAGCCAAAUGGGUCAGGUUUGCAUUCUCCUCCUGCAUUACCACCUCUUAUGUCUUCCCCAGAGCCUGAAGCAACAGAAUGGCAUACUCAUUCCUUGUCGCCGAGUAAUUCAACGGAACCACCAACACACUAUACAACUUUGCCAUCAUUUACUAAUGAAGAACGUGUACCAUCCUUGGCACCAAGUACUCCAAUGGUGUUACCCGCAUUUAAUACAGCUCCUCCACCUCUGCCUGUUCAAGUACGCACGCAAUCAAAGUCGCCAACUGCUCCUCAGAAAAAGGAACCACUCCAGUUAUAUCUCCUACAAGGAAUUUGCCUCAAAAUUCACCAGCUAUCCACCCAUGUAUGCUUUCUAAUCAAAGGAAUGCAUCAAAUACCUGGGUAAAUUUAAAGUUGAGUGUGGUUCUAAUUAAAGGAUGCACUUGUUCUAACUUGCAGUUCCAUCAAUAGCACCGUCACAGAAUUCUCCAGAAAAUUCUC